GAGGCUACUGUAGAGUUACCCACUGAGGCCAUUCCAGUAAUGGAUGAGUUACGUGAUGUCUUUCCCGAUGAUCUACCGGAUGAGUCUCCUCCUAGGAGGGAUAUAGAGCACAACAGAACAUGGGGCACCGUAAUACCUACAACCAAGUUUGCGUUUAAUAGUUCUAUCGAUAGGUCCACAAGUCUCAGUCCUUAUGAAGUCGAUACUGUUUAUAAACCUGGGAAACCUAUUGAUCUUGUCCCUAUGUCACUGUCCCAUAGGGCGUCAGGGCCUGCAGAGUCUUUUGCGCUUCACAUUCAUUCAUGGCAUCAAGAAAUCAGGCAGAAGAUUACUACUAGUAAUGAACAUUACAAAUUUUCUGCAAACCAGCAUAAACGUUUCAAAGAAUUCAAUGUUGGGGACUCUGUAAUGGUCCGCAUCAGGCCCGAGCGGUACCCUCCGUGGGCCAUUCGUAAGUUACACGCGCGUAACGCUGGACCCUUCAAAAUUAUAAAACGAAACAGUCUCAAUGUGUAUGAGGUAGAUCUUUCACCUUCCAUGGGAAUUACUUCUACAUUCGAUGUAGAUGAUUUACUUACUUUUCAGGGGACCACUGAUACUUUGAUCGGCCAUUCGCCCACCCAUCCUGAUUUUCUAGAUUUAUCCCUUGAUCCAUGGCCCCCUCUCGACCCAUUUUCUCAGCCUCUACCUCCCAUACAUACCCUUCCCGACCCAUUUUCCCAGCCUCUACGUCCCAUACCUACCCGUCCCGACCUAUUUUCCCAGCCUCUACCUCCCAUACCUAACCUUCACACACCCAGAGAGGAAAUAGAGGAUAUCCUGGACCAUCAGAUAGUUUCAACGUCAAACGGCAGGUUUCAGAAGCACCUGGUUAAAUGGAAGUUACGUCCAGCUUCAAACAGCAUGUGGCUCACUGAGGAGGAGCUUCAGAUACUUGAUCCUGACAUCCUGGAGCGGUUCAGGAGUUUUAUUUCGCCAGUGGCGAAAUCUUCGCAGCCGGGGAGAAUUGAUGAGGACAUCACGCGCACACAUGCACGCACGAUGCCCCUUAUGCACAUACGCCAGAAGGAGGACCCCAUCGUCGAUCUGGAUCGAUGACGACGUCCAGGGAGGGCCUCCUAGUUAGGAGACGAAGUUUUGAUUCAAAAAAGUAAGCCCGACAGUCAAGAAAAGCCCACCAUGCGAUCUUAUGAUUGUGACCCACUAGUCGGAUUGAUUUCAUAUUUUAGGUUUUGCUUAUUGUUAUUAUUUAG